UGCUCAGUCAGGUCGUGAGGGGCCGUGCAUCUCGAGCGGAGCGGUAGUACGCAUGCGCAGCGGGACGGUUUCCAUAGCGCCGCCGCGACCUGCUGAGUGAGUUGCUUCUUCCAACGUCUCCGUCGGCGAAACAAAUCCGAGGACGCUCAGUGAUUUUAUCCAUCUUUUCGGCUGUUUUUAUUUGUUUGAAACUCCUUGUGCUGCCGUGUGGUGUCUGUCGAUCAUGUAGGCUUUGACCUGUUGAAGCACCUGCCAGAGUCGCAAACUAACCGUGGGAAUAUCAACCUCCGUUUUUAAUCCAACAGGAGCGUUAAAAAAAAAGGAAUUCAUUUCACUGGAAAAGAUGAACUGCUUCAGUGAAAGGUGGAGACGCACAUCUCCCAUGCGGGGCAGCAGCAGAAAUGACCUGGUCCCCCCCAAACCUCCCAGGAAGAACGGGUGGUCGUGGCCCCCUCAGGCCUUCCAAGUGUUCGGCUGGUUGGUGUACGGCUACUUCGCCAUCGUCGACUUUGGCAUCUACAUCCCACUUCUGCCUCUGCCGUGGAACCACGUCCUCUAUUCUCUGACCAGCAUAGCAUUUGUUGUGCACAUCUUCGCCCAUGUUGCUGCUGUUACUAUAGACCCAGCAGAUGCCAGUGUCAGGGCCAAGCAGAGCUACUCCAGUCCAAUGAAAUUUUUUGAUCGGACAAAGCAACCGCAUGUCAUCCAGGACCUGCACUGUUACCUAUGUGAUGUCAAUGUUGGCCCCAAAGUGAAACACUGUGGUGUUUGCAACAAAUGUGUGGAAGGCUUUGAUCACCAUUGCAAAUGGCUGAACACCUGUGUGGGUGGAAGAAACUACUGGUGCUUCUUUGUAGCACUGUCCUCUGCGACAAUGGGCAUGUUCUUGCUCGUCGUUGUCAUCUUGUUCAUCUUUAUUCAGCAUUACCUGGACCCAGCCAGUCUACGAACCGCUCCGCAGUUCAGAGGCAUGCUGGGGAAUGGGACCUGGCUGGCGUUCAUACCAUUAGCACCCAUAAAGACAAGCUCAGCUGGUCUCCUCAUAUUGGCCUUCAUAACAGCCAUGCUGAGCAUUGUCUGCCUGCUGCUGUUCUGUCAUCUGCUGGGUUUUCACUUUUACCUAUUUUAUAAAGGUAUAAGCACAUAUGAUUAUGUUAAGAUGCAGCGCCAAAAAGAAGCUAGAAGCCGAGACGCUGAAGCAGAUGAACCCAAUGAUGCAAAAGCCCACAACAAGGCCCCACAGAACCCAAAACACUCAAUUGACUGUGAGCCGGCAUUAUCACAGAGUUCAAGUACCUGCAAAUUUGACGAUAAAGGCGCACUCAGCGACCAAAUCUCAAGGUCCAUAUGCACAGAGCUGGAAAACUUCAGGAAAUCAGCAAAAAGGGAGAAUAGCUUUCAUUAUGGUACAGGAAAUCCCACAGAGAACACAGCAAAAGAAACGAAUGACGGUAAAAGCCGGAAGCCUAAUGCUGAUGAAGAGGCUCAGAGCCCCAGUGUGACGUCUGUGGACAGUGGUCCGGUGCUGCAGGAUCCUCUGGGCAGCUCAGUCAUGACUCCAGACGAUACGUAGAACUAUCUGCAUCGGGAUUUGCUACAUUUCAGGAAUCAUUUAUGAAGAAACUAUGCAUUGUGAAACUGGACCACAGGACCAUGGACCAAUUGUUAACAUGGACCGAGGACAUCUUGGGCGUCACACUACAGUUUGACACAUGUUAAUUUAUAACUUAAGACUUUUAUUCUAGUAUACCUUUUUUUAAUGCAGUCUGAACAACUGUGGACCCUAUUGUAUUUUGCUGUUUUUUAUCUACACUUUUUUUUACAACAACUGGUUUAUUUAAAGCUUUCACCACAGAGAGCCAAAGUCCAGCUGAACACACAGUCCCUCUCAACUAGCCCGAGUCAGAUAGACACAGUCUUUGUAUUUUGGCAUCUUCCUGAAAAGCUGAAACACCAUACUGGAGUCUACUGGUCAUAUUCUCAGCCAGAUGGGUAACAAGUAGUGUACAACUUGUCAUUUGAUCUGAAGACCAAGGAGAGACACUCAUAUGGCAAAAUACACUGUCUAACUCAAAUGUAGUGAAACUGAUAAUAGCUUGAGGGAAGCAAAUCAGCUCAUGCUGUAUUAUUUAAGUGUUGAUGUCACAAAGCCAUCAGUGUUCCGUGUACAUUUGGUAGUAAAAAAUAUAAAUGCA